AUGACUGCCAUGACGAAGCGCGAAUACGGCGACGACGACAGUGCCCGCGUCAAGCGCGUCAAGACCGAGUCCAACGGAGAGGGCAAGAUGGACGCGGCGGCGAAUCCCUACCUGGCGCACUGGAACGACGACAAGCCCGUCAAGAGCGAGUACAGCGGCAGCGGCACCGGCCUCCAGGGUUUCAAGAAGCAUGCGACGACGACGGCGCAGGCCAACGCCGCCGAAGACGGCCCCAACAACGCCUUCACCGGCCGCCCGCUCUCGAGCAAGUACAUGAGCAUCCUCAAGAAGAGGCGAGACCUGCCCGUCCACCAGCAGCGCGACGAGUUCCUCAAGCUGUACCAGGAGUCGCAGAUCCUCGUCUUCGUCGGUGAGACGGGUUCCGGAAAGACGACGCAGAUCCCGCAGUUCGUCCUUUUUGACGACCUGCCCCAGCAGAAUGCCAAGAUGGUCGCCUGCACCCAGCCGCGCCGUGUCGCUGCCAUGUCCGUCGCCCAGCGUGUGGCCGAGGAAAUGGACGUCGAGCUGGGCGAGGAGGUCGGAUACAGCAUCCGUUUCGAGGACAAGACGGGGCCCAACACCAUCCUCAAGUACAUGACGGACGGAAUGUUGCUGCGCGAGGCCAUGAACGACCACAACCUCACGCGCUACAGCACCAUCAUCCUGGACGAGGCUCACGAGAGAACCCUGGCUACCGAUAUCCUCAUGGGUCUGCUGAAGGAGGUCGUCCUGAGGCGGCCGGACCUCAAGCUCAUCAUCAUGAGUGCUACGCUCGAUGCGACCAAGUUCCAGAAGUACUUCCACAACGCGCCCCUGCUCGCCGUACCUGGACGAACCCACCCCGUCGAGGUCUUCUACACGCCUGCCCCCGAGCGAGACUACGUCGAAGCCGCCCUGCGCACCGUCCUCCAGAUCCACGCCACCGAGCCCGAAGGCGAUAUUCUGCUGUUCUUGACUGGUGAGGAGGAGAUUGAGGAUGCGUGCAGGAAGAUAAACCUCGAGGCCCAGGACCUUUCUCGUGAAGGUGGUGCUGGACCAUUGGUCGUAUACCCGCUGUACGGAACUUUGCCGCCUGCACAGCAGCAGAAGAUCUUCAACCCUGCGCCUCCGCCCGCAACACACGGCGGCCGCCCCGGACGCAAGUGCAUCGUUUCUACCAACAUUGCUGAGACAUCUCUCACUAUUGACGGUAUCGUCUACGUCGUGGACCCCGGUUUCAGCAAGCAAAAAGUCUACAACCCCCGUAUCCGUGUCGAAUCCCUCCUCGUUUCGCCCAUCUCCAAGGCCUCAGCACAACAGCGAGCUGGUCGUGCCGGACGUACGCGUCCCGGUAAAUGCUUCCGCCUGUACACCGAGCAAGCCUUUAAGAAGGAGCUCAUCGAGCAGACCUACCCUGAAAUUCUCAGGUCAAAUUUGGCUAGCACCGUUCUUGAGUUGAAGAAGCUUGGAGUCGACGAUCUGGUACACUUCGAUCUGAUGGACCCGCCUGCGCCUGAGACCCUGAUGCGUGCGUUGGAGGAGCUCAACUACCUGGCAUGUCUUGAUGACGAGGGUGAGCUGACCACACUCGGAGGACUCGCCUCGCAGUUCCCUCUGGAUCCCGCAUUGGCAGUCAUGCUCAUCACAUCGCCCGAGUUCUACUGCUCAAACGAGAUCCUAUCGCUUACUGCGCUCCUCUCUGUACCCCAAAUCUUCGUCCGUCCAGCCAACAACCGAAAGCGCGCAGACGAGAUGAAGGAGCUGUUCGCACACCCCAAGGGCGACCAGCUUACCAUGCUCAACGUCUACCAUGCAUUCAAGAGCGAGGAGGCGCAAGCAAACCCGAAGCAGUGGUGCCACGACCAUUUCCUCUCUUACCGAGCGCUUCAGCAAGCUGACAACGUCCGUCUUCAACUCAAGCGCAUAAUGGAGCGCGAGGAACUUGAACUUAUGUCAACGCCGUUUGAGAACAAGAAGUACUACGAGAACAUUCAGCGUGCGCUUGUUGCCGGUUUCUUUAUGCAAGUUGCCAAGCGCGAUGGUAACGGCAAGAGCUACAUCACCGUCAAGGACGAGCAGAAUGUUCUCUUGCACCCAAGCACUGUUCUUGCAGAGGACAGUGAAUGGGUCAUCUACAACGAGUUCGUCUUGACAACCAAGAACUACAUCCGAACAGUGACAUCUGUGAAGCCGGAGUGGCUUAUGGAUAUCUCACCGAACUACUACGAUUUGUCACAGUUUAAGAAGGGUGAGAUCAAGACCGCCUUGCAGCGAGUGGUUACCAAGCUCCAGCGAAAGGAAGUGGAGAAGGGAGGACGGAGAUGA